AUGAAGUGCGUACGACUUUUUGUCAGUUGUGCGGGCAUCGGCGAGUGUUAAGUGUGUUGUAGAAUCGGUCCAUCGUAAAAGAAACAGUUUCUCUCUAACCAUGAGUGGAUAUGCCUGGGUUACACUGGCUACCAACGAUGCCUAUUCCUUGGGAGCGUUAGUACUGGCACACUCUCUGCGUCGUGUUGGUACCAAACAUGAAUUGGCCGUCUUGGUUACUCCGGGAGUAACCGAAGUAAUGAGGGAGAAGUUGUCGGCGGUUUUCUCGGUGGUAAUGGAAGUGAAUGUACUCGAUUCAAAAGAUGAGGCUAAUUUGGCAUUGUUAGCUAGACCAGAAUUGGGCAUUACAUUUACGAAACUUCAUUGUUGGAGACUGUCUCAAUACGAUAAAUGCGUAUUCCUUGACGCGGACACACUUGUCGUCAGAAACUGUGAUGAGUUAUUCGAAAGGGAGGAGUUAUCCGCUGCUCCCGACGUGGGCUGGCCCGAUUGCUUUAAUUCUGGCGUAUUUGUGUACAAACCGUCGCAACAAACCUUUGCUUCGAUCACCGCGUUCGCCGCUGCCAAAGGCUCGUUCGACGGCGGUGAUCAGGGCCUGUUGAACAUGUACUUCAGCGACUGGGCCCACAAGGAUAUUUCGAAACAUCUACCAUUCAUCUAUAACAUGUGUUCCACUGCUGUGUAUUCGUAUCUUCCUGCGUUCAAACAGUUCGGAGAUGAUGUUAGGAUAAUUCAUUUCAUUGGUAUCACCAAACCUUGGUUACAGUAUUUCGAUACUUUAACUGGUAUUGUUCAACCACCAAUGGAGUCGGCUCAUUUGCAACCACUGUUACAAUUGUGGUGGAACAUAUUUUGUGAUAAAGUCCAUCCUCACUUGUCCCCCGUUAUGGCCACCAGCACAUUGGCACCAAUUUGGCACGAAUUUUCUCCUGCACCUUAUCGGUCCUCUGUUCCGCAAAGUCCUCCCGUUUACACAGACAUACAAGACAAACCACAGAACGACAUUUAUAUAGAACCGCCAGACUUCUCAGAAUUUAAAGAUCCAUGGGAAAAUUAUUGUGCACAACAUGAUCCAGUUAUCCAUAUGCAAGAAAACAAUAACGAAAUUCAACAGUAUUAUCCCACAAUUGACAGACCUUCACCUGUAACUGUAUUAAGUGACACAUUUAAUUUUGUAAAACCUAUUCACCAGACUCGUUAUGAAUCACCGCUAGAACAUAAUAAUAGGGAGGCGUUUCAUAAGCAACACUAUAACGAAUAUAAUUCUUCCCCUUCGUAUAUUCAACACCAUCAUAAUCAAGAACAAUCUAAUCAAUACAUCAGUGAGCAUAAGCAACAACAGCAUUCAUUUUUCCAUUCGGAAAAUACAUCCACCGCGAACGUUCAUUCUGAUUAUUGGCAGAAUCAUCACAGUGUCGAAAGUUCUGUAUCUGUACAUAGUACGCAAAAUCAGCAUUCAGAUGAAUCUCAUAAGCAUUAUAAUGCUGAUCAUCAAGACACUCAUCAACAUUCUUGCGGUAACGUUACAGUCCCGGAAGAAACGAGACAACAUCAACAUGUUGAUUAUCAUCGUGCUUAUCAACAUUCUUGCAAUAUCGAUCAUAGAUCAUUUCCACAAGAAACAAAACAACCGGAUCAUGUUGAACAUCGACAUGCUCAUAAUCAUUUUUCUGACAACAACAGACAAUUACCAGAAGAACCAAAACCAUAUCGACACAAUGAACAUUUUGUUGAUCAUAUGCAAAGUCAGCAUCAUCAAACGUACGAUAAUGUAACUAGUCGACAAACUACUCAACAUUAUCAGCAAGACAACCAAACUCAUCAUAAGUGGGAAGAACACACGAAUGAUAAAGUUAAUCAUGAACAGCCUAAAGAAAUCAAUAUAGCUCAUCAUAAUGAUCUGUCUGCUAAACAAAGCGCUGACCAAGGUGAUAAUGUAAACAUUACAGACGUACGGACUAAUUCACUGAUAUCUACUAGCCCUCCUCCUGAUUCCAAACCUUGUACAGAUAUCCACAAUGUAGCAACGCAAUCUGACCCACACAAAACGGAAGACAGUUCAGAUGCUGGUCUCGCUGGUGCCUUGGCUCAAAUCACAUUGGGUGAACCCAGAAGCGCCGAACAAAUUGCCCUAGAAGAACAUAUGCGAAAACAAAGCUGGGAGCAGGGACACAUUGAUUAUAUGGGUCGUGAUAGCUUUGACAAUAUUUGGAAGAAAAUCUGCCAAACGCUCUCCCUUGCACCGACACGAUUACCCUCUCCCCCUAAGGAAAUUCAAAAGCCCACAAAAACUGCUGCAUCUGAUGAGACUGCCAAGUCUACUGAAUGUACUGAAUCUACUGAAGUUAUUGAACCUACUAAAUCUAUCGGAGUUGUUGAACCUACUGAAUCUACUGAGGUUGUUGAAUCUACUCAAUCUACUGAAGCAAGAGAUGAGGUGGAUAAGAGAACUGCUCAAGCAGCAACCAGUCCUACUGAAGAACAAUCUCUACUUACAAAUGUUCCUGUAACAGACAAUGGUAGCACAGAAUCUAAGUUAUCUGAGAAGAGUGAACACGUUAUUGAAAUCACGACUACAGCUGCAAAAAAUGAAAAAGAACAAACAGCAUUGCAAGAAACAGCAAAAGAUAUUUCCGAAAAAUCUUCAACAGGAUUAAAAAGUGAAUGCGUUGACACUGUUGUAGUCGCUUCUUUUAUGCAACUUGAAACGCAAGCACCUGAAAAAGUUGUAGAACAACUUGGUACAAGUUCACUAUUAAAAGAAAUCCCACGAGAGACAUCUGAAUCUAUAGCACCACAAGAUUCAGUUCCACCUUCUUCUAUUGAAGAACAAAAAGUCGAGGUGUUAUCUAACAAAGAUAAUGUAAGCUUGGUUACCUCGACAGAAGAGUUUCCAAGUAAUUUAACAAAUCUUGAAGUUGCUGUAGAUACAGAGCAAAUAAAGCAAUUUGAUAUUACAGAUGAAAAACAUGCAAAAGUAUUUUCAACUGCAUCAGAAGUUCUUACAGUCAGCCCUGUACCAAUACAAGUUGCAGAAUCUGUUCUUCAAGUAGAACCCAAAGAGUCUGUGUCAGAUUCUGAAACGAUGUCUCAAGAAAUUCUUUCUUCGACAAUAAUACCUGUUCAUGAAUCUAAUAUACCCUGUUCUGAAGCUUUCCCGGAGUCAGAAAGAAAACUUCAAAUAAAUGGUUCUGCAUCAACAUUGGAACCCAUUCAAGAUAAGGGAUUAACUCCAGAUACCGUUAGACCCGAGGAAAGUAUUGACACUUUUGAAGAAUCGAGUGAAUUAUUUAUAAAGGCAAUAGGAGCUUUACAAAUUUCAUCUCCCGUAGAAGAACGUCAGACUGUAGAAUCACUUGCAUUGUCAUCCUCAAGUAUUACAGUUGAUACAAGAACCCCAGAAACAUGCACGCUUGAAAAUUUGCAACAAAUGCCAGAAUCGGUACAAGAAACCAAAGAAACUGAAAGUCCCACAACAAAAGAGGAAUCAUCCAAAACUCCUUUAGAAUGCGAUAUAACUAAAACACCUCCAUCAGUUGAAAAUCCAGUUAGGCCAUCAAGAGUGAAAGAAUUGAACCAACCAUCAAAAAGUCUUCAAGAAUCUCCGUCACAGGAAAAGGAGAAAGUAGUAAAAAAAACUGUAAAGAAAUCUCUAGAGAAAUCUAUGUCAGAAGGAGAACCUCCAGAAACUGCAGAGGGUGAUAAUAAUGGAAAGAAAGUUGUAAAGAAGGUAGUGAAAAAGGUUGCAAAAAAGCCUAAAGCAAAGACAGAAGAAGGACUCGAUGAUGGCACGGAAGAAAGUAGUUCUGCUGGUAAACAAAAAAAGACUGUGAAGGUUGUUAAAAAGGGUACAAAAUCAGCGCAAACUCAUGAUACUGAUACGACAAUCGUUCCUGAAAACCCAUCAUCCAGUACUUCUGAUGUACCAGUUCCACCUAAAAGAAAAGCAAAAGCUGCAACCACAAAGCCAGUCGUUAAAAAGUCCGACGUAGAAUAGUAAUUACAAAACAAGAACUGACAAUACUAAUGAGAAAUACUCUAAGGUUUCAAAAUUACGAGCCAUAAAAACAAGAAAGUAAUAAAAGGUGAUACUUGCUAGUCUCCUAAUUUUUAUACUUUCAGUAUCCCUCGAAUUAUAUUACCCACAGUUUUUUGAUGUUUGAAUGUUUUCGAAUUUUUAAGCAGCAUUAUAUUCCAGUUUUAUGUUUUGCUUCGUAAUUUAUACAUAUUUUAUAUAAUGUGUCCUUUUUAAUUAAGUGUCGAUACUAAAUAAAAGCUUUUUUAUAUUUUAACCGCCCCUCCCCCAAUUAUAUAUUCACGUAUAUUUCUUCCAAGGGUUAACAAAGAUUGAUUAACAGUACUAGCUUCUUUUGCUCUUCUGUCAACAGCACCAGACCCUCCAAUAUUUUUUUGAGAUGCUAGAUCCACCAAAUUUAGUUCACCCAUCUUUGAAACUUCUCCAUUAAUGGUGAUUUCUUUCAUGUGUACAGUUAUUGAAAAUACAUACUCUAUGAGAUCGGCUGGACUGAGCGUUCAUUAAUGUUGCCGCUGUUUUUUUUUUCUAUUCCCCUGUGGAGAAUUUGAUAAACUUCGUUUUUAUUACAUACUCAUUUCUUUUUAAUCCAUAAAUAAUCACUGCGUCUUUCUUCGAUGUGCCUUCAAGCAAUCUUAUUUUAGAUCCAUCAUCGUUAGCUGAUAGAAAAACAAGUAAUUCCUCAGUAUAGAGUUCUAGAAACCUAACUCUGUGUAUUCCUGGGCCUCUAGUAAUUAUAACUCGUCAAACAAGUGGCUAAACGAACAUGGAAUCAUGCCAGCAGAUGAAUUACUUUGCUAAUGUAAAGUUGGAUCAAUGUUAAUUCCUUCCAAUGCGAAGGUCUUUCCUGUACCAGUCUGUCCAUAUAUUUACGUAUAUCUUUGGAGUAAAACUAAUACCAUUUAGGUAUAGUGCUCUGUAAUUAUUAUUUUAUUAAUAUGUUAUUUUAAUACGUGUCUCGACUAAUUUUUCACUCAUUUAUUAGCUUCAAUUUAUUUAAUGAUAUAUGUAUACAAGUAGCUGUGAUUGAUCAUACUUAUACACGAUUUCGUUAAAAAGAACACGGAACAUAUCUGUUAGAAUUCGUAGAGUUAUUCUGAAAGAAAUGUUAUAAAAAACUAGUUACAAAUUUUUUUAAUUUUACACGAAGUUUAUAC